AUGGCCGACCAUGCUGGCAACAGCCAGGUGGCCGGCCCGUCCAACCGAGCCAUCCCGGAGUCGCCACUAGACAGUGACGAGUCGGAUAGCGACUCAGUGUCCGACUGUGGUAGCUCCGGGGGAAGCGUCACGCCCGUGCCUCGAAAACAGCCCUCGCUCGUCAACCGCACCCUCACGUUUUGGUUUCCGCUUCCAACAACCAUCAGCUGCCCACACGACGGUUGCCCGGCCAAGUUCCGGGUAAAACUGUGGACCAGUGCCAAACAAUCUGUCGUGCGGCACAUACGUGACCUACACGAGGAAGCGGACUCCACCGUGGUGCGAUGCGUCGGGUGUCGUUCGGUGCUCGGGAUACGGCCCGGGGCCCACAAAUGCAGGUUCAACAUUGAAGCCGCCGAGGACGUCGUCGGUCAGCACGCCUGCACGGUGGCCGGCUGCGAGAUGUCGUUCCCAACGAAGCAGGGCCUAGCAAACCACCUGCGCAACCACCGGCGGCAGGUCAUCGUCGAAGCCGCGGCCGUGCCCCUACCAUUACCGGCGACGAGGCAGCGGCUGCGGGCCAAUCCGGCCCCGAUUCCGACGCGCGGAGGUGAUGCUCAAGUCCCCGUGGUACAGACGGUGGACGUGCCAAGGAUACCGGCUGGUAACAGACCGCCGGACACAGGCGGUCCAGUCGCGGACGCGAGUGUCAGGACAGGAGGUGUACCAAGGAUACCGGCUGGUAACAGACCGCCGGCCACAGGCGGCACACUCCUGCCACCUACACCGAGAGCUGGGCCAAGGAGACCGGGCGGUAGCAGACCACCGGACACAGGCGGCUCAGCCUCAAACCCGACAGGUAGUGCGCCAAGGAUACCGGCUGGUACCAGACCGCCGGACACAGGCGGCGCACACCUGUCACCACAGCCCAACUUGCUCCCAACCGCCAUGAGGCAAGCGACACCGAUGAGGCCGCGCGGGGCCGGGGACAGACUGUCUCUCCCGCUGCCGCCUCACUCUCCGCUGCGCACUGAGUCGCCGAGGAACGAGGGCUACAGCAUUGUUGUUGCGAGCCCGGAGCUCUGGCGGCCGCGUGAUCCCUCACCGGUCGCUAGUGAUAGCUCCGCUUCGAGUGGCGCUGCGGCCGGAGAUGAUGGAAGAGGGCAGUGA